UGGUAGAUUCAGUGGCUGCCCGGCCACCACGCCGGCACAACUGCUUCAACAGCUCACCUGCCAUCGCGACUAAACGCACAUAUCUUUAUUAUUUAACCAUUAAGAUUAAAAGUACGCCGACUCAUGUGGACAGUUAACGUUUUUGGGUUUUAGUGUUUCCAAGUGAUAGACUGUGCUAAUUCAAUGAAGUUCCACCAAUUCGCUCCUUAAAUCCUCCACAAUUGAGAAAAAAUGCCAACAGCAGACGUAGAACCGGCUUUAGUGGAGGACGUAGGACAAUUGGAAGACCUGGAGGAUCCUCCAGUAGCCCAAGAAGAAGCUCAGGAUCGUCCUGAAAGAGGAUCCCGUGAUGUUGGGAGGGAAAACCGCGAAAACAAUGGACCCGCGAGAGAGAGAGCCGGACUGAUGAAACCUCUGGUGGUUCUCGCGCUUCCAGGAAUGUAUUUGUUCUACAAGUACAGUCAGUACCGCCGUGAACAGCGCGAAUUGUCCCGCAGAAGAAUCACAGAAAGAGAAUUGCAGCAUCUUCAUCAUAAAAUCGAUAAACUACUCACCAAGUUGGAAGAAAAUGAACCGGAGCUCGCCUCUUCCCAGGAAGACGAGUGUGUCAUCUGCGUGAACGCAAGAGCAACCAUGCAGACAGCGCCAUGUGGUCAUCGCGUAGUUUGCAGACGGUGCUUUGUAAAAACAAUACAAAUGGCCGUUUCUCAAAGACUGCUGCCCCUAAGAUGCGUCAUCUGUCGGGCUAAAAUUCUACGAUUGAAACAGACCCUAAUUCCUCGCGACUACUCGAUGUCAGGAAAAUCAUGGGUGCUGCCACAAAGUGCAUCAGAAUACAAUAUGGGCAGCGGAGUAGGAACAAGCGGAAGCAGUAGAUGGUCCAGCGGAAACGUACCAGCAUCAGCGUCACUCUACUCAAUGGCCAGUGGAUCGUCCUCCAUAUCUGGCGUGUCUUCCGUCUCAUCAGCGACAUCUUCAUCAGCAGGAAGUGCCUCCAGCGCCCCGGUUAAGCCCUCGCGCCAUCUCAGGCAGCCCUCGGGAGUUACCUUCAGGCGGACUCAGACCCAGUCGAUGAAGAUGCGCAUCCACGAGUACCAAGACCCUAACCCUCAAAUUGUCGAUAACGACGAGAACCGCGAUAACAAGACCGACCGUCGGUUACCGCCGAUAAAAGAGUUUCAGAGGGAUUACCGAGCUGGAAAAGCUUCCACGAGGCUCAGAUGCGCACAGAAGAUAGUGACACAGUUAGAGAUCACACCGAGCUAUAGAGUGUCCCUAUGCAGCCCUACGACGUCAAAACCUUUAGAACCGUCGACGACUAGAACAAUGACGUCGUCAACCUCAACAUCUUCGGCUUUAUCAUCAUCCUCUCCACUAGCCGGCUCCUCAACGGCUACAAAAACACCAGCGACCUCUUCAGCGACAAAAAGACCCAGUAGUGUUUCAAGAAAGCCUUUGACCGUCGUUCAAGAGGUCCAGAAUUCUAAGAAAGAAAAGGAGAAGGAGAAAGAACGCGAGAAGGCGGAAAAAGCGAGGCUCAAAGAGGAGGAAAAGGCGGAAAAAGCCCGGCAAAAAGAGGCCAAGAAACUCGCUAAAGAAGAAAAGAAACGCGCGAAGAAAGAGGCCAAGGCCCGAAGAAAGGAGGCCGAAGAGGCUCUUAUCAGAGAAAGAGACGACAAGUAAGGAUCCUAAUCGACAGCGGCUUAAAAAUCAUCUAACUUUACAAACAAUUAAUUAUUAAUAGGCGAUAAUAUUUAAAAUAAUGUCUAGUGGCCAAAGAUGUUUAUGAAUAUUUACGUAAUUUAUAAUUGUAAUUUUAUUAAUAUAUACAUUAUAAAUCCUG